AGCCGGGCCGGGGGCGGGGCGGCCGGCUGGCUCCUCGGCGGUUCGGGGCGGUGGCAGCGGCGGCGGCGGCGCGGCGACGGCGACAUGGAGAGCGGGGCCUAUGGCGCGGCCAAGGCGGGUGGCUCCUUCGACCUGCUGCGCUUCCUGACGCAGCCGCAGGUGGUGGUGCGCGCCGUGUGCCUGGUCUUGGCCUUGAUCGUGUUCUCCUGCAUCUUCGGGGAGGGCUACAGCAACAGCCACAAGUCCGGAGAGCAGUACUGCGUGUUCAACUGCAACGACGACGCCUGCCGCUAUGGCAGCGCCAUCGGGGUGCUGGCCUUCCUGGGCUCCGCCUUCUUCUUCGUGGUGGACAUCUAUUUCCCCCAGAUCAGCAACGCCACUGACCGCAAGUACCUGGUCAUCGGUGACCUGCUCUUCUCAGCUCUCUGGACCUUCCUGUGGUUCGUUGGCUUCUGCUUCCUCACCAAUCAGUGGGCAGCCACCAAGGUGGAAGAUGUGCUGGUGGGAGCCGACUCGGCCCGAGCAGCCAUCACCUUCAGCUUCUUUUCCGUCUUCUCGUGGGGCCUGCUGGCCUCCCUGGCCUACCAGCGCUACAAGGCCGGAGUGGAUGACUUCAUCCAGAACUACGUGGACCCCACUCCAGACCCCAGCACAGCCUACGCCUCCUACCCGGGCGUGCCCGCGGACAACUACCAGCAGCCGCCCUUCACCCAGAACGCCGAGACCUCCGAGGGCUACCAGCCACCCCCCGUGUACUGAGCUGCAGCUGAGGAUGUGAAGGGGAGCAGGGGGCUGCUGGCCCCUCUUGUUUCCCCCCCACCCAUGUGGUUGGAGCCCCUGCCUCCCCGCUGGUGCCCGAGGCCCACGGGCGUCACCCACUACUCCCUCAGGGCUGGUUUUAGCUGUGUGUAGCUAGAUGACUCCUGCCGUUGCUCUUAGUGACCCCCAGCCCCGCCGGAGUGCCUGACCCGCUCUUCUGACAAGUGCCUUAGCUUUUCCCCAGCCCGCAGGAGCCGGGGCCCACGGCCUAGCCUGGGCUGCCGCAGUCACAGCCACUUGGGCUUCCCUGCCAAAGACGAGGCUGCGGGGCCUUCCCUGGGGCUCCCCUCCUCCUCACUCAGGUUCUUUUGCCCCCAGCCCCCAGCUCACUGCUGCUGAGUCUGCGCGCUCUUGGGUCUGGGGUCCCGACCCUGUGCCAGUGCCCAAGGGGGCCACCUUCCUGAGAGCCCAGGGGCAGGGCUGGUGCCCACCCUAGGGGCUGGGGCCGCACUUCCCUGCCUCUGCCCCCAUCCCAGGGCCAGUGCCUGACAACACCCAGCUUUAUGUAAAUAUCCUGCCACCGUUAGCUGUGGGCACCCCACAGCCCCCAGGCUGUGCUGAAUGUAUUACAAAGCCCUGGGGAAGACGCACAGCACCCCGACUGUUAGACUGAUUUUGGAUGGAAUAAAUAUUUUUCUCAUUCAUAA